GGCCCAGCGAGAACCAGAUGACUCGACCCAACCACCACCACCCAUCAGCACUCCAAACGACACGACUUUCUUCUCUGAUUUCCUUGUAGCUAUGUCGGCGACGACGACGUCGACACUAUCAAUGCUCGAUCUUUUUGGCUCUGGCACGGGAGCAAUCGCCAAAGCCGCGGCCCCGUCUCUGACUGGACUUGAGGCUGCUGUUCCAGCGAGUAUUGAUGAUGAAUCGAUAACGUCGUCGUGCGAUGAGGCGUUACCUGCGUAUCCACAUCUGGAGGGGUUACCUGAUGUUUGUUUGCUGGAAAUCAUCCCCUAUCUGGACGGGUUGAACGCAUUCUCGAGGGUCAACAAGAGGUUCUACUUGAUGACACAGGACCCCUACGUCCGCUCCCUUUACUUCCUCCGCCGCUACGGACCGCGUCUUGCGUUUUUCAUGUCGAUCCGUUGCCAUCCUCGAGCACUGACUGUCCAGGUCGCUCAGAAUCUUCAUCGUCAGGGCGCUCAUAUCUCACGCCUCCUUGGCCAACUCGUGACCAAAAAUUACAGUCAAAACAGGAUUGCUAUAGGGUCGUGGGAGACUUUUGGAUCAAAACGAUUCACGAUUGGACUGAGCUUGCAGACCUUCGUAUUUCUCAUGCAGGUCUGCUGUGAGAAGUAUGGAAGUAGUCUUUGGCCAAGGAGUACAGAUGAUUGGGAGUCAUUUGAUACCUUAUUCAGGAGUUCAUGAUGAAAGAUGGCGACAGUUCUCGUCGACAAGUACUUGAGCUUGUGGAGUGCGCUCAGUUUACGCCGCUACCUCUUUGUGAAGAUGACCGCCGCCGGAUCGUCGACACAUUUGUCCUCGCCUCGGAUCGUGAGGAAGAUAUUAAGUAUCUCGAAGCUGCUGGCUACAUGGAUAUCAUUGAUCUUGACGAUCUUG